AUGACACAUGGAGGUUCGGGCAGGGCGGGCACAGAGACCAGGCUUCCUGACUCCGCAUGGGCUUUCUCUCCGGUGACUCUGGGUGUCUGGACUUGGACCUGGGACCUCUUGCUACCGCAGGCCGGGAAGGGACAUCAGGUCCACCCCUGGCUCCUCACCACUUCCAAGUUGGCCCAGGCCAGAAUGAAACAAUUUUUGGAAGCCUCCAUGGCCGUGGAGGCUCCUGAACUUGGGGUGAUUUCCGGAAACCCUCUUGUGGGCCCCUUCCCUCAGCCCUGCCGAGGAAACAGGUGCUCUGCAGGUUGGCUGGCCUCAGACACCUGUGCCCUCAUGCGAAGGCCUCAGACCCCCUUGAAGCCAGGCCCUCAGGCUGGCUGA